AAGUGCCCCGUAUGCUCAAAAUUCGUACCCUCAGAUGAAAUGGAUUUGCAUCUGGUGAUGUGUCUAACAAAGCCAAGAAUAACCUAUAAUGAGGACGUACUGAGUAAAGACGCUGGGGAAUGUGCAAUAUGCCUUGAAGAAUUGCAGCAGGGAGAUACUAUAGCACGACUGCCUUGUCUAUGCAUAUAUCAUAAAGGCUGCAUAGAUGAAUGGUUUGAAGUAAAUAGAUCUUGCCCUGAGCACCCUUCAGAUUAAGCAUCAGAUUCCAGUUUUAUAGGUUUUCUUGUCUUUUCAAGAUGCUUGAAAAACCAAGAGAAUAUGAGGCUCUGUCUCUGGAAAAACAAAAACGUAGAAAUACUCAGAAAUCUGAGUUCUGUGAGUCUUGGUAAUACAGAGAUGGACAAUCAUACAGAAAAAAAGUCCUGCUGAAGAAAGGACAAUUCCCACAGAAUUCAGUGUACCAAACAUGCAUAUAAAGGACACACAGGGAUUUUGAAAAUGCUGCACAUCCCUUAAUAGUCAUCUACAUAGGUAAUACUGAUAAACAUUUUGUAUUCAUACGCCAAAGUUAACUGAUUUAAAAGUUGAUUUACUUUUUAUUAAGUUCUCUAGAGCUGUGCAAGUUGUGUUUUGAUUUGUUUCAUUUUGUUAGUUUGGGGUCUCUUUAUUUUCCCCAACAUAAUGUUUAUGCAUUCACGUAUUCUUAAAUUGAAAACUACAUAAUUUACUUUUUGUAAAUUAAAGUCUUAAAUGUGAAACCAAGAAAUGUAAUCAAGCAGUAAAACAUUCUCUGAAUGUAGACCAUGAUCUCAAGUUCUUCCAUUCCCCCUUCUCCCUGCAAGAGUGGAAACUAGACUUCUACAUAGGAAAGCUAAAAUAUGUUAAUAUUUUUAAAUUAAAGGUUUAAUAUCAGAAUGCAGUCCAAAGGGUAAAUCAGGUUACAUAAUUACCUUUCAUUUAAGUAUAGAAUUGUCCACUGAAUUGCAAUUUAUUAAAUAUAUUGUUUAUUCUAAAUAAAACUGCUCAACCAUUAAUCAGCAAUGAAUCAUCUUGCAGCUAUGCAAAUUUUUUAAAGAUACAAAUUAUCAAUUUUAAGUGCUGCCAGCUACAAUAACUUUGUUUUAACGGGUAUUUUUUGUUUACUCUUUUCAUGUAAUUAUUUUUAUUAUGCUUUGCAUCUCCAGGCAGUUUUCCCACAUUUGGGUAAAAUGUUUAGCAGGUUAUAAACUUAAUAACUUGUGAAAAGGGUAAAAUAAUUUUUUUUGGAGAGGAACUUGGAAUAAUUUGAGAGAUAUUUUAUAUAUUUUUAAAAAUCAGAAUUUAAUUGGGAUGCCAGAUUUAUAGCAAUUUGCAUCUUUAAUUUUCCAGAUAAUCUGGAGGUUAGCCUUUGAUAAAUGAUUUUUUACAGCAAAUAUGAAGAUUUUGUUAAUUUAUAAUUUAUUAAUGUGUCAUUACUGUAAUUGAAAAUGUUGUAGAGAUUUUUAAAUUCAGUCUUGUGUAGAAAUAAAUGUAUUAAGCAAAA